CAGAGACUAAGAUAAUUUUGUUGGCUGAGAGGCUCAAUUUAUUCAUUUGAGUAAGUUAGUGGGGCGUGAAUGACUUCCUGUGAGCUGCGUGAGUCAACUUCUUCAUCCAAAUUGCACACUCACACAGCUAUUAUGCUCACAGAUAAACAAUAUGAUGGAUUAUCCGUGCGACUUCACAAUUUACAUUUACAUGAAAUCUUUUCGUGUGACUACCAUGAUCGGGACCGUGUUAGGACGUAUGUGUGAGCUCCUCCGGCAUUGUCAUCUUUUACUACUUCUCACUGGUGGAUUUUUGGAUCCAUGUGUGGUGUGUUCGCUGGGACAGAUCGAACCAGUGUCCUGUAAUAAAUACCCAUCAAAUGAGCCCUGCCGCCUCGCCUUGCCAGGUGGCAUUGCAGGCUUGGAAUGUUACGGAAAAACUCACUUUGCUGGUCUGCUGACGUGUCAGUGGCGGCGUGGGGCAGCAGAGGAGAGGGAGGCCAACUUCACGCUCAUCCUCCGUCAAAAGCGAGUCUUGUUAAAUCGUCAAAUCAGAAAUACAAUUUAGAAAAACAAGCAAAGAUUUUGAUUGAAGGUUUUGUGGCUUCUGCUAGGAAGGGCAGAUUCUGUCAAGUGUAUAAGAUAAAAGAUGAUGAGAUGAAGGACACUUUGACUAACAUCGAAGUGUAUGAGCGUGACUUGACCGUGGAGGUUCUGGAACACGUCGGGUCCGAAUGCUCCAAAGAUGUCUUCACGGCACAUUACAGCAGCCUGCUGCGCUGCGGUCCUCCACAACACGUCACCUUCAGGCGUCAUUCGGACAGUCACGUUGACGUCAGCGCUCAGUGGAGUCAGGACGAUGCCAAGGUCGUCACAUCCUUCUGCGUGCGUCACAAAGAUGUCACAGACCACCAGGACGAUGGAAACUGGCGACAGGUGUGUUGCCAGGGUGCCGCCGGGUGUCACCUGGCGGGUGUGAAGGGCUCGCCGGUGCUUGAGGUUCAGGUGGCCUGCAAUAUCAGCAACAAGUGCUCUCAGUGUCCGUGGGGCCACGUCUACAUGCUCCCGCCGGAGCUGACGAGGCCGCCGCUUAAUCUCCACGUGGUAGAAAACAAGAUGGCCGACAAAGGAGGACAAAGAAUGAUCUCGCUGACGUGGAUGUUCGCUGAGGAACAUGACGGCUUUAAUGUGACAUUGGCCAAGGUAUCAGGGGAGCCUCCCUUGGAGGUCCUCAGCGUAACGCGGCCACCCAUCACGUUGCUACUGUCCAACUCAGCCUUCCAUGUCUACGUCAACGCUUUCAACAAUGUCAGUGUCUCGCCGUCUGCCAGCAUCACGCUGAUGCCACCGCAUGGAGACGACAACGGCAGAAGGCUGAGUGUGCGUGUCCACAACCAGACGUCCUUCAGCGUGCUGUGGAAGGACGACUUGGUCAGGAAGUACAAAUGCUUCUGUCUGGAGUGGAGCGCCACCUAUGGACCAUAUCCGCCAAACGUGUCCUAUAAAUCCUUCCAUGAGGAAGCCAACAAUUUCUGGACGGUGGUUGAUAUCUCAGAGCAAUUGCAAGCGUACACCAGCUACGACGUCUGGCUGCACGUGCGUGGCCAACAGCAAACAUGCAACCUGAAGCGAGUCAACAACAGCCAAGAAGCCACCUUCGCCAAAGCGCGUUUCUAUUACCUGGAAGGAUCGCCGGCUAGCGCUCCCUCCAACUUGAGCGUUGUGUCCGUCACGUCAUCCUCUCUGGAGCUGCGCUGGUCAGCUAUCUCACCAGAAGACCGGCGUGGGUUUCUGCUGGGCUACGUGAUCCACUACGCAGAGGACUGGCAGCCAGAGAGAAACAUCAGCGUGGGGCCGCUGGUCCAUAAGUACACGUUGAAGGGUCUACGUAACAGGGCGGCAUACCGGGUCCAGGUGUCGGGGUUCACGCGGGCCGGGCAGGGGGUCCGGAGUGCCGCUAGGAUGGUGGAGACGCGGCACGGAAUUUCAUCAAACCUCACGGCACUCGUCGUCAUCUCGGGCCUCGUUGUACUGACUGCCUUGUUGGGGUCCCACUUCCUCAGAAGCAGAGCUAAAGUCGCCUUUUGGCCCAACAUUCCCAACCCUGAAAAGAGCCAAUCUAUGCAGAAAUUCAACACACCCACACAGCUGCUGCUUCAGCCCAUCGACAGUCUCAAGCUGGAAGAGGAAUGCAUGGCGACGAAUCUGCUUGUGGUGGAGCUCCGAGCGCCGACUUCAUCCCACGGCCUUUCCACCGCCGUUGACGAUCAGAGCGCUGCCAACUCCCAUGAUCCUCCUCCCUUAGCGUCCUGCUUCAGCGGUUACACCAGCUUGGAUGUCAUCCAGCAGCUGAUGAUGAUGGGUGGAGAAGGGACGCUCACGCGGUAGACUACACUUUAGCGUGGAGCGCGACACUCGCCUACAUGGAAAACGCACAUUUGUCAUGAUCGUGAUCCAGGAAUAAGUCCAAUCGUCCUCCAGUCCUGCAGUGGGCGAUGCAUGAAGCACAAAAAGACGACUUGUUUAAAAUUGUAUAUAUAUAUUUUUUUACUAAAACGACACAUCAAACAGAAGCUUGUGUACAUGAAACAAAUGUACAAUAAUACCAGUGCUCUCUUUUAAAAAAAUAGAACAAAAUCAAUUUGUUGACUUUUAACUCAAUAUUGUAUUCAGUUACCGAUGCUAGCGCUAACCAUGCAAAUAAACUUCUCCAAUAUUUUGUA